CUGAGAGAAGUGAGCCCAUGGUGCCACUUGGGUGAAGAGGAAGGGAAGCCUUGUCAGCUUCCUUCUUUCACUAGCCAUGCUUAUUUUUGGUCUGGCAGGGAGGUCCUCCAUUGGUGUGUGUAUUAUAACUAUCUUCCUACUGAAGUUUAUUAUGUAAGAAAUACAGCUUUGCCUGAUUAAAUAAGACAUAAAAAGAAGUAAAAAGUAUUGAGUUUGGCAGUGACUCUCCAUGAUACACAGGAAUUGUUACCAGGAGGAUCUGCUCAGUGCCUGCAGGGAAACAGAGGCAGCUCAGUGGUGGACAUGGGAGUGACUGGCAGAAGUUCAGGAAGUUAGUAAUAAUUUUCCACUGAUGAAAGGAUUUUACUGGCACAUGAAAAGUAUGUUGUACUUUUGAGUAUAAGAAUGGAAUGCUUAGCAAUUAUGAAACUUAAACUGUGAGAGAUGACUGAGCCAAGAGACUGUGUACAGUAUGAUGAUAAAAAGCAUGCCAAGGUGAGGUGGAUGUGCAGUGAAUGCUACAAAGAGAAAUGGCCAAUAAAGUGAUGCAUUAAGAACCAGACCUGGCCUGAGCACAUGAAGGGUGAAGACAGAUACAGGUUUGACAGCAUGGAGAGGAUUGCAGGGAGUGAUGAAGUGUGCUAAGCAGUGUGAUGGAGAAUGAAGUGUAGCAGGCAGACCACAGAACACAUGAGGUGUCUUGAGUGGAAGAUUUAGACAACAAAACAUGGAGAACAAGGUGCACAAGACUGCCUGGCAAAUCAUCAUCAAGACCAAAAAGCUGAUCCAUGUAAAUUUGGUUGCCAGCGUUGAGGGAGGGCAGCAGCGCAGCGGACCCUCCUUUGCCAGGAGUAUGUGGGCUGAUGGCUCCUAUAGUGGCAACAAACACUCUACAAAGGAACACCAGUGUCCCUUUUGUCCUUACAAAACCACUCUUAAGGGUAAUUUCAUUCGCCAUGGGAGGACACACACGGGGGAGAGGCCUUUCCCGUGUCCUCACUGUAGUUUCCGCUGCUCACAGAAAGGUGAUCUUGUCAAGCACAUCAGAGUCCACACUGGUGAGAAGCCUUUUGCAUGUACCUUGUGUUCCUACCGCUCCUCUCGCAAAGAAGUCCUCAAGGGUCACAUGCGCAUUCAUGCCACAAGGAACGUCACCUGAGACGGUGCCUGUGACACUGCUGACACCCACAUGGCUACAUCCAGUAUCUUAUACAUACUCAUUGCUCACUGCAGUCAUUUUAGUUUUCCUUUUUAGCAUUGUAAUAAAGUUAUUGUUUCCCAUUUUAGUUAUAUACAUGCAUCUUUUUAUUGCCUAAGGCACCAAAGGUAUUGGAACACUUAUUUGCAGAGCCAAACUUGUGUUUAAUUUCCAAAAAAUAUUUUGUACGUGUGCAGGUUGGAAGAAACUGCACCUCUGUACCUUUGGUGGGUGUUCAGCACUUCAUUGUAGGUAUCUUAGUGAGGGAUCUGAACCAAACAGCUGUGAUACACUUUCCUUUUAGUUAGCAACAUUGUUCAUCAUGAAGUACUGUGAAAAAUAAAAUUACACUAAUUUCAAAAUAA